AUGGUUGCAAAGGUCAUCCUUGUCAUCGCUGUUGUUGUGGCCACCAUUGCUGCGCAAGACCACCACCACGACCACCACCACCACGCCUCUUCUUCACAGAGCAUCAAGCAGCACCACGGAAAAGCUACUGAAAAGCAUGUCGAGUACUAUUCUCAUCCUAAAUACGAGUUUGCGUAUGAAGUUAAAGACCCUCACACCGGUGACAAAAAGUACCAGCACGAGGCGCGCGACGGUGACGUCGUGAAGGGCGUGUACAGCCUGCACGACCCCGACGGUACUGUCAGGAUCGUGGAGUACCACGCUGACAAGAAGACUGGAUUCAACGCCAACGUCAAGCAUGAGGGUCACGCCAAACACAUUGUUCCCGAACACCACCACCACCAGUGA